UCCACAAAAAUUCACUAACACCACCACCCUAAUAACCCGAAAAUGACAGUGACAGCUAAAUAAGUCCCCUUUUUUGUUUGGGAUUUAAGUAAAAUGAUUAAUAAUAACACUUAUUAAAUGAGGUAUUUGUGUUUUAUUUGUUUAAAUUAUGUCUACCCGAUCACAACUUACAAAGGAUUUAAAUGAUAGUAUUAAAUCCUCUGUUGGAAAUAAAGUAAAAAUACUCUUCAAAAAUGUGGUUCGCCUGGAAACAAAAGGGGACAAGACUGAAAAUAGGGUUCUGGUGUUUUCACCAUGUCGAAUAUUACUGCUCACUGCAAAGGUGCCAACAAAAAUCGAUUGCCAUUUUCAUUACUUGGAAAUACAAGCGUUAGAGAGCAAAAGGGGCAAUCAACUAAGUCUCACGGUAAACGAUAAGGUUUACUCGUUCUUGGUAGGGGAGGACUCUACAUGUAGUACCGAAGUGGAUAAUAUGAUUUCUGCUCUGAAUAACGCUAUUAGAAACAUUUUCCCCACUGUCCCACUACAGCACAUCAUAAGAAAAAUUGAAGUUAUACCAAAUACUAGAUUGCAACAAUUAAGAGACUUAGAAGCCAUAGCAAGCAGUAGAAGAGAAGUAGGACCAUGUGGGGGCUUUUCGACCCAGUACGCCUGCAUGUGUGAUUUUCAUGGAAUGACGUAUCGUGAAGAGGUAGCUUGGGAUGUGGAUAAUAUAUAUGUAGCGUUAAACACGAGAGAACUGAGCCUUAAAGACUUUGAAUACUUGGAUCAAAAGGAUCUGAUACCGAUAAUAAGUGCUCUAGAAUAUAACACUUGGUUUACGAAACUGCGUGCCAAUCAGGUAAAGCUCUCCCACGACAACAUAGAUAGGAUCUUACACGUGUUGAGGAAGUCCCUGAAUUUAGAAGAAAUUUACCUGGAUAAUCUAGGUCUUAAAGCGGAUUUUGUAAAUAAGCUAUCAAAUGUUCUAAAACUAAACCUCGCUACAGCUUUACAUACCAUCGAUUUGUCGCAUAAUCCCAUCGAAGAUAAAGGUGCUACAUACUUGGGGAACUGUAUUCCAAAGCUCAAUAAAGGAUUGGUCCACAUAAAUUUGGCGCAUUGUGGGUUGAGUUCGAAGGGCGUUAACAAUCUGUUUAGUGCCCUCUGUAAUAAUUCUAGUUCAUCGACCACUCUAACCUACCUCAACUUGAGUGGAAAUAAUCUUAAAGACGAUAUUAGUCACUUCCACAACUUCUUGGCUCAACCAAAUGCUCUGCAACACGUUGAUAUUUCUUCAACUGAUGUCAUCCUUGAAAACCUUUUCGGUGCUUUAGUUAGAGGCUGUACGACAAAUUUAGUUCACUUAAAUAUCUCUAGGAAUCCGUUUAGUAGUAAGAAGAGCAAAGAGGCGCCCAUAUCAUUUAAGCAGUUUUUUAGUACAACCCUUAAUCUUAAGUAUCUUAACAUGUCUCACUGUAAAUUACCUCAAGAAGCACUGAAAAAUUUAUUGUUAGGACUGGCUUGCAAUGAAUUUACCAAAGAAAUGAUCCUAGACAUAAGUAACUGUGGACUGGGAAGCCAGGGCGCGCACGUCUUGGAGUCGUGUGUGCACGGCGUUCGAUGUAUUUCUAGUCUAGAUAUAUCUGAGAAUAACAUGGACUCAGACUUGAGCAACGUAGUGAUAGCAAUAAGUAAAAAUAAGUCGUUGAAACAUUUAAACAUGGGUCGAAGCAUGAAGAAGCACAUGUCCCUAAUAAUGGACGCCGUGGUCCAGAUCGUGCAAGACGACGAGUGUCUCUUGCAGUCGCUCAUAAUCCCCGACUGCCGGCUGCGCACGGACAUGUUCAACUUGCUGAAUGCCCUGGGGGACAACAAGUCAUUAGAAACGUUAGACAUAAGCGGCAAUUUAAUAGGUGAUUCCGGUGCUAGAUUGUUAGCGAAAGCUCUACAGAUUAAUAAUAAACUCAAAACAAUCAUUUACGAUAGGAACAAUAUAACGUUACAGGGGUACAAUGACAUAGCUUACGCCCUGGAGAGCAACAGGACGGUGCAAUACAUGCCGUUUCCUAUUUUCGACAUAACCCCUUGCAUGAAGGCCAACGCGGAGAGGACGGACGUGCUUAUGAGAAAAAUUCAGGAUCUAUUAAAUCGUAACAUCUCUUAUAAGCAACAACGGUUAAAAUCGUUCCCACUUCAACCUGGUUUUCUCCUCACCUCCAAACAGCAGGCUUUAGAUAGGCUCGUAGUUCAGACUCAGGAUGCUAUUAAGAACUUGGCUGGCGAGUCGAUCACCUCCAAUAACGAUAUUAAUCAUGCGACGGGUGUUAUUCAGGAUGCGGAGAACUCCAAGCAGCUUUUAGUUAGACUGCAAGAAGUGGCGCAACACAGGGACGACAAACACCCUGUAGAAGAUAAAUUGCAGCAAGUCGCUUGUGAUAUACAUGCCAGUAUUUGCGAUUAUGUACAGAUUACUACGGAUAAAAUGUUAAAGUGUUGUAAGGACCAGUGUCCUUAUGUUUUACACGAUGAGCAGACGGUUCAGGAUAUCAAGAAGGAAUGCAGGAAAAAGAAACAGAUUCCUUUAGAUUUCGUUACGACUUGUAUCAAGCAGCAAGCCGGAAUAGACAUAAUGAACAGAACAAGGGAGUUAAAUAUUAUGAUUGCCUCACAAUUAUCAGAACAGGUAACAGAUGAAGUUUACGAGGCUUUGAUGAGGAGCUACAAAAUAUUAGUCGGUGAUGCCAGUGCAAUAAGAAUAGACUCUCCGCCACGUAGGUCUAGAUUGAGUAGCUCGGAUAGUUCUCGGCAUGGUGCCAGUGAUAUUUCCAUAACUGAUAGCAGUCACCAGUCGGAUCAUUCUCCUUUGGCAACCCCUCAUUUAUCGAUAAAAAGAAAAAGUUUGCAUGGAAGGAAAUUGAGGCCUAAAUCUGUUGUUGAUAGUGUAGAAGGCCUGUCAGCUGACGAUAUACCCAGUUUAUUACCUUCCCUUCCUCAUAAUUCGGAGGAAGAAGAUUCCGUUACGGAACUUCCAAACGCUAGUCACCAGCUGCAGCACCUAGUCAAAGGCAUUUUCCUCAACAAAGGUCGUCCACGCAGAGCUAAGACUAGAGCCCCCACGAGGCCGGUUGUAAAGCCGCCAGACGUGGCAGACUCGGUAUCGCAGGAUUUAGUGGAAGGAUUAGACUCUUUCUUCCGUCCAGGCUCCGUAACACCAACAUCGGACGACUGCCAUUCGUUUCAAGCCGAUGGAAGUCCCAACCACGAGUUUUCCUCGCCCGUGCUUAGCGAGGACAGAAAAACUCCCAAGCUCAGUAGAAACUCGCCGUUACUUAGAGGGUUAAUGAAUCCAGCUCCUAGGUCUAGAUCGACGGAUAAUUUGGAGAAAUUCUCGCCGUCAUUUUUAAGAAAAACUACCAUAGAUUCAGCCUCCCCCCUUACUAGAAGGCUAACGGGGGACAGUUUGAUGUCUCAAGAGAGCAGCGACGGUAGCCUUGCCGCCGAGUCGAGUUUCGACCAUUCUCCUGGAAGUACGUUGUCUAAAAUAUCACCCGAUGGGUCAAAAACAGAUGAAAAUGAUUCUACGAAACAACUGAAAUCGAAGCAUGGUCCGGCAAUAGCUCCCAAACCGAGGCCGUGGUCUAUGGUUAAUUCAGAGGCUAAAUCGGGGGAUUUAAGUUUGUUGAGCGACGGAUCGUCUCCCAACAAUUCUACUGGGAACACUCCAGAUUCCGCAGAGGCUUUGGAUAGUUCCGAAUCUUCUUCGAUAGACAGACGAAUCGCGAAAGAUGUCAAGCUUAAAAGAGGCGGCAUUUUGCAGAAUUAUUUUCCAGAUCGUGGAGAUUUCAAGUUUUUGAGCCGCUAUAAGGGGAUAACAUCUGAGAAACAAAGCCAGUCAGCUAUGAACGUGGAGGAAAGGAGGGACAGCAACUAUAAUUGUAGGGAAACGGAGGAUGCACACAUAAGUAGAUAAUUAAUUAUAUUUUAGUCUUCAAACGUAAACACAAAAAAAAAGUUUCUCUAGAAAUCUGUGUAGAUUAAAAAACUUCAUUGUUGUAUUUUUAUUACCUUGGCGGCUUUUAUAGUAGGCAUAUAUUUUCAGAAACAGAAAUCAAUUAAUUUUUGGAUUAGAAUUAAAAUUCUUGACUGCCACGUUAUUAUAUAGGGACAAAAUUAUUUUUUAGACUUCACGUAUUUUAAUAAAUCGACUCGAUAUUUAAUGUACAUUUAGGGUUUAACGAGUUAAUCUGUGUGUUCACAUUUUUUUUUAAAGGAGCAUUUUAACGUUUUAAAAAUUAUGUAAUUUUUUGAUUUUUUUACCGAUCUAUUUUACUGGUAUUUUACGCUUUCUUAUUUUAAGCUGUUUAAAGUACAUUUAUCACCGUUAGGCCAACCAAUAGUGCGAAAAAAGAGGCUGUUUUUGCAGUUAAAUAUGGCAGCAAAUUUCAUGUAUUUCCUUUUGAAAAAUACUUAGUAUGUUUAGUACUACUUUAUUAGUACCCUAGCAAAGUCGUGAACAAUUUGCAAAACUGCAAAAAAAUGCCAGUUUUUUGUUUUUUUUUAUAAUAUU